UGUAAUGAAAGUCUGGCCUUCUCAGAACUAGGGUUUUGAGAUCAAAUAAAAAGGAAUCUGUUUUUGAACCCUAGCAGCGAAAACCUGGUGCACCGUAAGGGUUGAGAAGCAGCAAGAGAAGAGCCAUGGUGCACGUUUCCUUCUACCGCAACUAUGGGAAAACCUUCAAGAAGCCUCGUCGUCCAUACGAAAAGGAACGUUUGGACGCCGAGUUGAAGCUGGUUGGGGAGUACGGGCUUCGCUGCAAGAGGGAGUUGUGGAGGGUUCAGUACGCCCUCAGCCGUAUCCGUAACAAUGCCAGGAAUCUGUUGACACUGGAUGAGAAGAACCCGCGCCGAAUUUUCGAGGGUGAAGCGCUUCUCCGAAGAAUGUUCCGUUACGGACUUCUCGACGAGACGCAGAACAAGCUCGAUUACGUGUUGGCCCUCACCGUCGAGAACUUUCUCGAACGCCGCCUCCAAACCCUCGUUUUCAAGUCUGGAAUGGCCAAGUCCAUUCAUCACGCCAGAGUCCUCAUCAGGCAGAGGCACAUCAGGGUUGGGAGACAGGUGGUGAACAUUCCAUCUUUCAUGGUUAGGGUUGAUUCUCAGAAGCACAUUGACUUCUCACUCACGAGUCCACUUGGUGGUGGUCGUCCUGGACGCGUGAAGAGAAGGAACCAAAAGGCUGCUGCUAAAAAGGCCGCUGGUGGAGAUGGAGACGAGGAGGAUGAAGAUUAGGUUAUUAAUGUCUAGCAACCUUUCUUGUGCGCACUUUAUAAUUUAUGAUGUAGACAUUUUAGAAUUUUGCAUGCUCUGACUCUUAUAAAAUUUUCCGUACUUUGUUUGAGGUAAAGUUGUGCCUGAGAUAUAAUGAUUUUGAACUCUGCUAUCUCAAAGUAUUCAAGUUUUGCUGCCAUGAUUGUGGUGA